AUGGCAAUUAUAGCUAACUGCAUCUUAGUAAAGGAGAAUUAUAGCCAAUUACAACCUCUAUACGCGAUUUCGUGGUGUGUGGAUCUUCCCUCUAAAAUUGGCGAUCUAGAGGUGCUGAUACUGCUGACGUCUUGCAUUUGCCACGACCUAGAUCAUCCAGGAUACAAUAAUAUCUACCAGAUCAAUGCUAAAACGGAACUGGCGAUUAGGAUUAUACAUUACCCAAUAACCCAAUAUAGGGUUUUAUCCUUAAGGUAUAACGACAUCUCGCCGCUGGAAAACCAUCAUUGCAGCGUUGCCUUCAGGAUAUUAGAGAACGAGGAUUGCAAUAUAUUCAAAUCGUUCAGUAGCGAAGAGUUUAAAGUAGUACGAGAAGGCAUGAUACGUUCGAUAUUGGCUACAGAUAUGGCCAGACACAAUGAGAUACUCACCAACUUCAAAGAAAUCUUGCCCAAUUUCAACUAUGAUGAUAAGGGACACGUUAAUUUGGUAAGUAUUAACAAUAUUUUUUGA